AUGGCUUCAAUUCUCCGCCAGAUCGUUGCAGGCCCUCGUGCCAGACACCCAGAAGCAGGCCUAGACCUGUGUUAUGUGACCGACUACAUUGUCGUCACUUCUGGUCCGAGCUCUGUAUGGCCUAGGAAAGCCUAUCGAAACCCCCUAGAUCAGCUGGUCGGCUUUCUCGACCGGAAACAUGGCGAGGACUGGGCGAUUUUCGAGUUUCGAGCCGAAGGCACGGGGUAUCCUGAUUCUGAGGUCUAUAACAGAAUCCACCACUUCCCGUGGCCCGACCACCACCCUCCUCCCUUUGCCAUCAUCCCGAACGUCAUGGCUGCAAUGCGCAACUGGAUCCAGCGAUUAGACGAAGAUGGGGAGAAAAGCAAGGACAAAGAUAAGAAAAGAGUGGCGGUCAUACACUGCAAAGCGGGUAAAGGCAGGAGCGGGACGGUCGCGUGCUCAUAUCUCAUCAGCGAGGAAGGGUGGAAGAAGGAGGAAGCUCUGCAGCGAUUCACCAUGAGACGUAUGCGACCUGGUUUUGGCCUUGGCGUGAGUAUCCCGAGCCAGUUGCGUUGGGUUGGUUAUGUGGAUCGGUGGGCAAACAGUAUGGGCAAACGAUACGUUGAAAGACCUGUUGAGGUUGUUGAGAUCCAGGUUGAGGGCCUCAGGGAUGGCGUCAAAGUCUCAAUAGAGGGCUUCGUGGAUGAUGGCCGGCGCAUUCGGACGUUUCACACCUUCAAUCGCCAGGAGAAGACUGUGGUGGAUGAUAACAAUACCAAAGCGUCGAAGCCGGUUUCGGACGCGCAGAAGAACAGCGAGAUUCUUAGCACACCGAAGAGUGCCACUCCGCAAUCAUCCUCGUUGAGCUUGAGCAAAAACUCUCCGGGGCCAAGUCAAAACGUCAUCCUGAAACCAUCUUCACCCGUGAUACUGCCCACCAGCGACGUCAACAUCGACUUUGAACGACGAAACAAAGCUGGGUACACGGGGCUCACCAUGGUGACGGCUAUUGCGCACGUCUGGUUCAACGCGUACUUUGAAGGCGGCCACGAAGGGCAUAGUUCCGGCGUCUUUGAGAUUGACUGGGAGGCGAUGGACGGCAUCAAGGGAAGUUCUAGGAAGGGCACCAGAGCCCUCGACAGAUUGAAAGUCGUUUGGCAAUAUGCGAAGCAAGAAGGAGACGGUGCUCCCAUGGAGCGAAUCAUUACGGAACCUCAGAAGGGCGAGCCGGUUCCGGAAGGACAACCUGCAAAUUGGCAGGGAGAAGACGAUGAGGAAGUUCGACCAACUGACGGCGUUGAUAGCGGCCGGAAGGGAGGCGCUGCCCUGACCAUGAGUGCCAUGGUCAACCAAGGGGCGAGCACCCUGGGUAAAGAACUCGGCCUCAGGAAAUCCCAACCUGAGAGUGCAAAUGUCAGUCGCGCGUCCAGCGUCAAGGGCGAAUCUACCACCUCAGAUAUGGGCACCGCCGCACAACGAGUCGAGGAAACGGAAGACCAAGGUGUGAAACAAUGUGGACCGGAAGGCGAAGAUCUUUCAUAUGACGGCGCUUCAGACCCGGACGGUGGAAGCAGACAAGACACCAAGGCCGGCCACAAAAUGGAAGCGGGCAUGGCCAAGGCGGCCCACGUGAUAUCCAAGAUGAAGCCCUCCGACAACAAGGCUGCGAAACAGGGAGAGGGUGUCGACCACCAGACGCACGAGCAGGAUACAGCAUGA